AUGCCAAUUCCCAAAAUAAUAUCAAGACAAACAGCAAAUCAUAAACAUAAUGCAAUCAACAUAAUUUCUCGCUCUCCAAAUGUCUUACCAAUAACUAUUGAUCCUGAUGAUUUUGCAUCAAGUACAAUGCGUGGAAAACAUAUUUUAGUUCUUGGUGCUACAGGAAGAUUAGGAACUCAAGUAGUGAACCAAGCGCUUGAGGCAUCAUAUCAUGUUACAGCUUUGGUUCGUAAUGAUUCUAAUUUACCGUUUGCGAGACAUCAACUUCGUAAUCCUAAUCUGGUAAUAAUGGUAGGAUCAGUUUUGUCAAGGAAAGAUUUGGAUAAGGUGAUCGAAGGUCAAGAUGUGGUGAUCAAUUGCAUUGGGCCUAGACUUUUAUUUCCAUCAUCCGAUAAUAUGGAAAUUUGUUCAUGUUCACAAAAAUUGAUUAUCGAAAGUAUGAUUGAACAUAAAGUUCGUAGAUUGAUAGUUGUAACGUCUCAAAAUGUUAUUGUCAACAUUCCACAAGAAUACAUUCUCCCAGGUGUCAACCGUAUUAUGCUUGAAAGGCAAAACCUAAAUAUUGACCAAUUAUGUCAAAAUGAUUAUGUUAAAACAUUCAUUUACAAAUUGCACAAAGUUGUCAAGAAUGCAGGACUUGAUAUAGGAACAAGCGAAGCUUCUACUGAUACAUUGGUAGCCAAUUUAAUAUUUCGUGUUAUUGACUUUGAUAAAUGGCCCUUGGUGGUUAAAUUACAUCCAACAUUUAAAUUUUCCGUUGGCAAUGCAAUUUUGUCAGCAAAAGCUGAAUUUGUAAUUAAUUAUCAAAACUAUUCUUUAUUGGUUGUUGAGAAUAAACAUCUAAAUAACAUUAAGCCAACAUAUGACUAUGGGGAACCCCAAAUAAUUGCUGAAAUUCUUGCUUGUGGGGAUGAAAAUAUAUGUAAAGCUCAUGGGGCUUGUGAUAUGACUAUAUUUGUAGUUCAUGUGGUUUCCACUUAUGUUACAUUUUACUGUGCUACAAUCAAUAAAAGAUAUUGGAAUGAACUUGCUAUAGAUUGCCCACAACAGCAAUCAAUCACAGUUUUAAGAUGGCCAGGGAAUAGUAGUGAUCCAAUUGUUGGUUUUGAUCUUGCAGAACCAAAUGGAAGAAGAGAUGUGUUAGAAGCAUUAUCCAGGAUUCGUCAAUACAUCUUAAGCUAG